AUGGCUUCUUCAUACGCUUUGCCGACGUCUUCCUUACCGCAUGCGCAUCAGAAUCAUAUGCAUUCGCACACACGAAAUACCUCCCAAUCGUCGCUCAACAACCUUAAGCGACAGUCUACUUUCUCCAACGGGAGCCUUCCUUCAGUACCUGAUGAGGAUCAUGGUCACGAAGCUAACCACGACCACGGCAAUGGGAACUACGGUGCACACUCACACAAACCGAGCGUCCACAAACAUGGACACAGACGCUCCCGCAUGUCCAACACAAGCGCAUCUAUUUCCCGCGAGAAGCUCCCUCCAGCACCAUUGAACACACUGGAGGGUUGGACAGAAGAAAAGACACCCGGAGGCAAGAGCAUUCUCACACCAGGCCCUGCGUCGGCCAACAUGACCUAUUCUCCCCCCGACCAUUCUCACGACCAUCACGACGACCACCACGAUCAUUCACACAGCCAUUCCCACUCGCAUGAUCAUUCUCAUUCUCAUUCUCGUUCUCACUCCCACGACCAUUCUCACAGCCAUGACCAUCAUGGACAUGGUCACGGCCACUCACACUCACACGAAGACGACAAGGGUAAAAGAUCAAUGUUCACAAGGAUGAUACUCCCAUACACGACAAGGUUUCCCAUUCUAAAUGCUAUUCUGAUCGAAAAGGACUCCAGGCGAAUCUUCUACUUCAUGGCGCUCAACUUUUCGUUCAUGGCUGUUCAAGCAUUUUAUGGUUAUGUCACCGAUUCGCUUGGCCUUCUGAGCGACAGCAUUCAUAUGUUUUUUGAUUGCGUGGCACUGAUGGUUGGCUUGCUGGCAGCAGUCCUGAGCAAAUGGCCUCGAAGCCAGCGCUUCCCAUAUGGCUUCGGCAAGAUUGAGACAUUGAGUGGAUUCGCCAAUGGCAUUCUGUUAAUGCUGCUCAGUGUGGAGAUUGCCUUUGAGGCGUUCGAGCGGUUGUGGGAGGGAACACAGACAAAACGACUGGGCGAGCUGUUUAUUGUCAGCACAAUGGGUCUCCUUGUCAACCUAGUCGGAAUGAUGGCUUUCGGUCACCACCAUCAUCAUGGACACGACGACCAUGAUCACUCUCAUGGAGGCGGUUGCUCUGGUCAUGACAACGAGAAUAUGCACGGCAUUUACUUGCAUAUUCUUGCCGAUACCCUGGGCAGUGUGUCAGUUAUUGUAUCGACAAUAUUGACGAGUUUCUGGGGUUGGGCUGGAUGGGAUCCUCUGGCGUCGUGCUUUAUCGCCAUUCUGAUUUUCCUUUCCUCCAAGCCUCUUGUUUACUCCUCUGCAAAGCGACUUUUGCUUAGCAUACCCGAGGACACAGAGUAUAAUUUGCGAAACAGCCUGGGUGGUAUCUUGAAUCAACGAGGAGUAGUGGGCUAUUCUUCACCCAAAUUUUGGCGGGAUGACCACAGUGCUAGCCCGACAGGAGGCAAGCUACUGGGUGUCGUCCAUGUCGUGGCCGCCCGAGGAGCUCCUUUGGAGGACGUUCGAGAUCGAGUGCGCGAAUAUUUAUUGAGAGAGGGCGCAGACGUGGUUGUGCAAGUCGAGCGAGAAGGAGAUAAUAGCUGUUGGUGCAGCAGGCGAGGAAUCCCAGCAACACCAGCGACCCCAACAUUAGCAUCAGCGAAGGCGUUUUAG